GUUUAGGAUGUUUUAGUCCCUUCAAUAUAACAGCUAAUUUGGGACUAAGAAUAUAAUUUUGUCCUGGAAUCAACGGACCCCAAAAUAAUGAAAAGCAACACAGGAAACCCUUAGAAUUCACUUGUCCCUCACACACUUGCUUCCUCGAUUUUUUUAAGUGUUAAGCAGAAAGCAGGGAGGAAGAAGGCAAACAAUUUCACAGCUCUAGUCCUGAUGGUUGAGGUAUGGUGGUCCUUGUUGGGGGCUGCUAUUCCUGCUAUUGUAGCCGGUCAAGCUUACAGAAUUAGGAGAAAUCACGCUGAGGAGCAGAGAAUUAAGAGUGCACGGGGCAGGGAGAAGAGCACUGAUGAUAUAUUCGUGUGCGAGAGAGUCUGCACGUCGAAGAGAAUGUUGAAAAAGGUGGGCGCAUUUUCCAAGGACCCAAUUCCCGAUACUUGUAUUACCGUUUGUGGUGUAUCGGAACUCGAUGCUUGCUCUGACGCCUGUGCUCGGACCGUCUGUGUUAACCAGCAUCAAGUGCCGAAUUGGAAUGAUGUCUGCCUCAGGAGAUGUCAAAGUGAAUGCCUCAAACUUUCCUCUUCUCUCCCAUCAUAGUUUUACUUGUUUUUCUUCCAUGUGGAUUUCUUUGCCAAACUUGUUAAAAGCCACCAUUCUCAAGCUUUAAUGUUUAAAUGAUAUGCUUAAACUUAAACUUUUAGAUCAA